GUCCAUCAGAUGAACAAAGAUCAGCAGAACUGAUGCUGUAAUUUUUUGUAAAGUUCUGAUCAUGGUGAACUUUAUUUGUAUGCAAAGGACUUCUGAAAGAGUCUCCUUCAGGAUGAGCAGCAUCAUGUUGUGACAGUGAAGUUCUGUGUGCCCUGGAGAUGCGAGACUUCCUCACAGCAGCAGGAGUCACACAUUUGGAGAAUGCUGGAGCUGCAAGACGGAAAGGCCCAGUGCAACAACGGAGAGAAGAAAAGAGGAAAAAGACAAGCAUAUCGACAGCACUGAGGAAAGCACGGGACAGAAAGUGCUUCAAAACUGCCAGCAGCAAUAGCAGGCAUCCUAGAGGAACUUGACAGGAGCCAAUCAGUGUGUGUGGCUGUGUGCUUAGGAUUUCUGUCAAUGCAUUCCAGUAACCCCAAACUGAGAAAUUCCCCAUCAGGAAAUGCCCAGAAUAGUCCCAAAUCAAAGCAGGAGGUGAUGGUACGUCCUCCUACAGUGAUGUCCCCAUCUGGUAACCCCCAGCUGGACUCUAAAUUCUCCAACCAGGGCAAACAGGGGGGCUCAACAGGCCAAUCCCAGCCCUCUCCCUGUGACCCCAAGAGUGGGGGCCACACACCGAAAGUGCUCCCAGGACAAGGAGGAAGCAUGGGGUUGAAGAACGGGGCUGGCAAUGGUUCAAAGGGGAAAGGAAAGAGAGAGAGGAGCAUUUCAGCAGACUCCUUUGAACAGAGAGAUGCUGGAACUCCCAGUGAUGAAGCUGAAAUCAAAGAUCUUGCCUCCACUGAUCAUGCAAAAUCACAGGAUUCCCAGCUUUCAGCACACUCCAUGACUCCUUCAAAUGCCUCAGCCCCACGAUCUUCCACACCUUCCCAUGGUCAGGCUGCCACAUCAGAGCCAAGUAGCAUGCAGAAGACGCCAUCCAAAGUGGUUUAUGUCUUUUCAACUGAGAUGGCCAAUAAGGCUGCAGAAGCUGUGCUGAAGGGACAAGUUGAAACCAUUGUAUCUUUUCACAUUCAGAACAUCUCUAACAAGGCAGAGCGGAACACUUUACCAUUGAACACUCAGAUUCCACCACUCCGAAAUGAUACAAAGCCCCAGACUCAGUCACAGCUUCCUGUUCCCCAAGAGCAGACUCCACCGCAGAAUGCCAAAUUGCAGCAGACUCCACCCAUUCCAGUUCCAACACCAGCACCCAAAUCUACUGGCCCUCCUUGUCCUCUUGAUCAGGACAAUCCUGGGUUAGAAAAUAAAGUAAUGUCUGCAGGAAGUCCUGCAAACUCCACUCCUCUGCAAACUGAAGGAUUUGGGCAGACUUCAACCCCCAAUAAUCGAGCAGUAAGUCCAAUAUCUCAAGGGAGUAAUAGUUCCAGUGCAGACCCUAAAGGUCCAAACCAGCAGGUAUCUGGAGGGGACCCACAAAAUAUGGGUGAAAAUCCAGAUGGACUAUCACAAGAGCAGCUGGAACACAGAGAACGUUCACUGCAGACUCUACGAGAUAUUCAGCGCAUGCUUUUUCCAGAUGAGAAAGAGUUCACUGGAGGACAACCUGGUGGGCCUCAGCCAAAUUCAGGAGUACUGGAUGGACCCCAAAAGAAGUCUGACGGGCCAAUACAAGCGAUGAUGGCUCAGUCCCAAAGUUUAGGUAAAGGGCCAGGGCCCCGGACUGAAGGAGGGGUCCCCUUUGGCCCCCAAGGGCACAGAGACAUGCCUUUUUCACCAGAUGAAGUUGGGCCACCAUCCAUGAAUUCUCAACCUGGCCCUAUAGGACCAGACCACUUGGACCAUAUGACUCCUGAACAGGUGGCCUGGUUGAAGCUUCAACAAGAGUUCUAUGAGGAAAAGAGGAGGAAACAAGAACAGGUUGUACAGCAGUGCACCUUGCAGGAUAUGAUGGUUCACCAGCAUGGGCCUCGAGGGUUGGUCAGAGGUCCCCCACCACCAUAUCAGAUAACCCCCGGUGAGGGUUGGGGACCUGGUGGCCCAGAAGCCUUUGCUGAUGGCAUGACUAUGUCCCAUUCAUUGCCCCCAAGGGGCAUGGCACCCCAUCCCAAUGUGCCUGGCAGUCAGAUGCGUCUGCCUGGAUUUCCUGGAAUGAUAAACCCUGAAAUAGAGGGUCCCAAUGUCCCAAAUGCCACAACUAGACCUGGGCUUUCAGGCGUUCCUUGGCCAGAAGAUGUGCCAAAAAUUCCAGAUGGUCGGAACUUCCCUCCUGGUCAGGGGGUGUUCAGUGGUCCUGGUCGAGGGGAGCGGUUUCCAAAUCCUCAGGGCUUGCCGGAGGAUAUAUUUCAACAGCAGUUAGCUGAAAAACAGCUAGGACUUCCCCCUGGCAUGAGCAUAGAAGGGAUCAGGCCUGGAAUGGAAAUGAACCGGAUGAUUCCCCCUCAGAGACACAUGGAGCCUGGCAAUAACCCCAUAUUUCCACGUAUGCCAGUUGAAGGAUCAAUGAGUCCCUCCCGGGGAGACUUUGCAAAAGGAAUGCCACCUCAGAUGGCUUCUGGACGGGAUCUGGAAUUUGGGAUGGGUCCUGGUAGCAUGAAGGGGGACGUGAAUCUGAAUGUUAACAUGAGUUCUAAUCCACCAAUGAUACCUCAAAAGAUGAGGGAAGCUGGAGUAGGCCCAGAGGAGAUGAUGAAAAUGCACCCAGGUGUCUCGGAAAUGCUCCCCUCUCAGCAGAAAAUUGUUCCCUUUGGGGUGGGGGCGGGCGGCGGGUAAACCCCUGCUUUGAAGGCCAGUCUUCGGAAUCAUAGAGAACAAAUAGGGCCUGACCAAAGGACUAACAGCCGGCUUAGCCACAUGCCACCACUACCUCUGAACCCUGCCAGCAACCCAAACAGCCUCAACACAGCUCCUCCUGUUCAACGCAACCUUGGCCGCAAACCCUUGGACGUCUCUGGUGCCAGCCAGGUUCAUUCACCGGGUAUAAAUCCACUCAAAUCUCCUACAAUGCGCCAGGUCCAAUCUCCAAUGCUGGGUUCACCCUCUGGGAAUCUCAAAUCUCCUCAGACUCCAUCCCAACUGGCAGGGAUACUUGCAGGUCCAGCUGCUGCUGCAGCUUCAAUAAAAUCUCCCCCUGUAAUGGGGUCUGCUGCCGCUUCUCCUGUCCAUCUCAAGUCUCCAUCCCUCCCUGCACCUUCUCCAGGAUGGACUUCAUCUCCAAAGCCUCCGUUGCAGAGUCCUGGAAUCCCCCCUAACCACAAAGCGUCUCUUGCCAUGUCUUCACCAGCCAUGAUGGGGAAUGUGGAGUCAGGUGGUGCACCCCCUUCAACAGUUAGCCAAGCAGCUCCUGUGACCCUUCCUGGAAAUCUGCCUUCGAGCAGCCCAUACACAAUGCCUCCAGAACCUACCCUGUCUCAGAAUCCUCUCUCCAUCAUGAUGUCUCGGAUGUCCAAGUUUGCCAUGCCCAGCUCUACGCCGCUCUACCAUGAUGCUAUCAAGACUGUAGCCUCAUCAGAUGAUGACUCUCCUCCAGCACGUUCCCCAAACUUGCCACCAAUGAACAAUCUUUCCGGAAUGGGCAUUAACUCCCAGAAUCCUCGGGUUUCUGGUCCCAACCAGACAGGCCCAAUGUCAACACUUAGCCCAAUGGGAAUGACUCAACCUCUGUCUCAUAGUAACCAGAUGCCCUCUCCAAAUGCUAUGGGACCCAGUAUACCUCCUCAUGGUGUCCCUGUGGGACCUGGCCUGAUGUCACACAAUUCAAUGAUGGGCCACGGUUCUCAAGAUUCUCCAAUGGUACCUCAAGGACGCUUGGCCUUUCCACAGGGCUUUCCUCCAGUACAGUCCCCUCCACAGCAGGUACCAUUUCCCCAUAAUGGACCUAGUGGAGGGCAAGGCAACUUUCCAGCUGGAAUGACCUUCCAUGGUGAAGGACCUUUGGGGCGUCCCACCAAUAUGCCCCAAAGUUCAACGGAUCCAGCACUUUGCAAGUCUGGAGGUCCUGGGGGACCGGACUCUUUCACUGUUCUAGGAAACAACAUGCCUUCGGUUUUUACUGAUCCAGAGCUGCAGGAAGUAAUUCGCCCUGGAGCCACUGGAAUACCGGAAUUUGACCUGUCCAGGAUUAUUCCAUCAGAGAAGCCUAGCCAGACACUACAGUAUUUCCCUCGUGGGGAAGUGCCAGGCCGCAAGCAGCCACAGGGUGUUGGUCCUGGAUUUUCUCACAUGCAGGGAAUGAUGGGAGAACAGAAUCCAAGAAUGGGGCUGGCAUUACCUGGCAUGGGAGGCCCAGGGCCAGUGGGAACUCCUGACAUUCCUCUGGGAACAGCAUCAUCCAUGCCAGGCCAUAACCCAAUGAGACCGCCUGCAUUUCUGCAACAAGGCAUGAUGGGACCCCACCAUCGAAUGAUGUCACCAGCACAAACAGCAAUGCCUGGCCAGCCCACUCUAAUGAGCAAUCCAGUGGGUAUGAUUCCAGGCAAGGACCGAGCUCCUGCUGGGCUGUACAGCCACCCAGGACCUGUGGGUUCACCUGGCAUGAUGAUGUCAAUGCAGGGCAUGAUAGGCCCCCAACAGAACAUCAUGAUUCCUCCACAAAUGAGGCCCCGGGGUAUGGCUGCUGACGUAGGAAUGGGAGGAUUUAGCCAAGGCCCUGGGAACCCAGGGAACAUGAUGUUUUAAGCUGCUACAUAAGACUGGAUGGUUCUGAUCCUUCUUGAGAUGAGAUUCCAGAUCCCGGGGGCUGCCCGAGAGCUCCAGGAGCACAGUUUGCCAUGCAAUAGGUGAAAACAGACCAGAGGAUGCUUUGGGAAAUCUCGAAUGUAUGGAAUUACCUGAAAACAAAUGAAUUCAUUUUAACAGGUUGUUUUUUUAAGAUUUAUUUUUUAAAAAUUAUUUUUGUGUACUUGGGUAUCCUGUGAUGGCACCUGCUUUGAGAAUCUGUAGCUGUAUUUUGAGAAUUGCCAUUUGUCACGAGUUGCACCAUUCUCUGUAUGUUUACGUCCUUUGGACUAGCUUCUCCCAGGACUCUUGGUUAUUUUUGGGGGGUUAUUUUUGUGUACUGUACUAUAUUGUAAAAGGGAUUUUAGCAGAGACUUUAGUCUUUGGGGUGAGAGGCUGUUUACUUUUAGAUGGAAAAUCCAUCUUCAGAACUUUGGACUAUUUUCCUUCAACUCCAAUGUAUAGAAAAACCAAACUACGACCUCAGAGCAGAGUAUUAAUGAAAAGCACAAAAGGAACUUAAGUUCAAUGAGGGGGAAACUUUUAAAAGAAAUAAGUUAAGGACCUAUUUUUCAAAAUUAUGGAGUGCUGUCCAGCACCUUUUGUCUCUCCCUCCCACUCUUAAAAAAAAAAAAAAAUAUCUCGGUCCUCCCCAACCGUUACUGUCUCCUUCUCUGGCAGCUGCAAUACAUUGUAUUAUUUUGGGGAGUAAAUCUAGGAGAGCCACUUCUCAUGCUGGGAGUGUUGCCACUUUCAGGAAGAGGCUGGACUUGGACACUGUUACAUUCUACAGUAGUCUUGCUGUUUCUUAUUCUCCUUUUCUUAGAACCCCCCCAAGUGACUUUAUUAAUGUGGGAGUGGAACAGACACUAAAAGUUACCCUGACUUUUUUUGUGGCUAUUUUUUUUUCGUUCCCCAGCGUAAAACGUUCUCUGUGUAA